GAAACCCCUCCCACAGGCCGUACCGUUUCCAUAACAACACCAAGCCAUAUCAGACGACUGGUUCGGCUUAGUUCAAGGCUGGUAAAUUUGGGUCUACGUGCGACAUUCAGGUCAUUCAGAAACCAAAAAUAAUGAGAAGUGGGGAUGUCCGAUAAAGAAAAACAGCAAAGGAAAGAGAAGAGGGUAGUCAAGGUGCCUGGCAGGACUAAGGACUCUAUAAGCACUGUGUCAUACAUUGAUGAACUGGGCCACCAUGAUGACAAUGCUCGCCUUGCUCCAACAAUGGAGAACACCUACCAGAUGGGACCUUACAAACGCUUCCCUGCCAACGCUGCCACAGACAUACUUAAAGACGUCCUUACCAGUUACCUCCAAGAGGAGAAAUAUGAAGUAGAGUGGUCUCAAAAAAUGACCAAAACAUUGUGCGAGGUAAUAAGAGCCCGCGUGAAGGAACUAAUGAUCCCCAGAUACAAAAUUGUCAUCCUGGUCCACAUCGGCCAGCUCACCGGGCAAAGCAUGCAGAUCAGCAGCCGCUGUCUCUGGGACACGUCUAAUGACACUUUCGCCUCGCACUUCUUCAAGAACAGUUCUCUGUUUGGCGUGGCAUCUGUUUACGCUAUUUACUUUGAGUGAAUUCUCUCUUUCUGUGCUCUGUUUUUUAAAUAGUUGUAAAGAAAUUUAAAACAAAUCUUAACCAAA